GUCUGAAACAACUGGCGGUACCAUGAGGGCUUUCAUUUUCUCUCUCUUCAUGCUCCUGGCCAUGUUCUCAGCAUCUUCAACCCAGAUUUCAAACACCACUGUUUUCAAACUAGAAGAGAAUUCAGAACCUGCACUUAUUCUGGAGAAAAAAAAUGAAGCUAACCAUCUAGGAGGACAAAGGGAUUCUAAUGAGCAAGGAGGUAGUUAUACACAAGGAAAUCCGGAAACAUUUAGUCUUCAAGGACAACCAGGAUAUUUUAACAAGCUAGAGAAACCAAGAAACUUUAAGCCAGGGAGAGCAGGAGUUUUAAACCAGCCUGAGAUUUUAAAGAAUUCAGGAAAAUCUAACCAAAAAGGGAAUCCAGAAUCUUCUAAUAUGCAGGAAAAAUCAGGAUCUUCUAGCCAACUAGGGAAACCAGGGUUUUCUACCCAACAGGGAAAUCCAGGGUCAUCUGGCCAACAAGGGAAACCAGGGUCAUUUAGCCGGAAAGUGAUGGUGGGGUCAUCUAGCCAACAGGGGAAGCCAGGAUCAUCUAGCCAACAAGGGAAUCUAGGGUCAUCUACCCAGAAAGGGAAUUUAGGAUCUUCUAGCCUACAAGGGCAUCUGGGUUUAUCUAGCCAUCAAGAGAAGCCAGAAUCAUCUGACCAGCAAGGGAAGCCAGGCCAACAGGGGAAGCCAGGGUCGUCUAACCAACAAGGAAAUCUAGGAUCUUCUGGCCAACAGGGGAAGCCAGGAUCUUCUAGCCAACAGGGGAAGCCAGGGGCAUCUAGUCAACAAGGGAAGCCAGGGUCAUCUAGCCAACAAGGAAAUCUACAUUUAUCUAGCCAACAAGGGAAUCAAGGACCUUCUAGCAAACAGGGGAAGGCAGGGUUAUCCAGACAUCAAGGAAAUCUAGGAUUAUCUAGCCAGCAAGGGAAUAUAGGAUCUUCUAGCCAACAGGGAAAGCCAGAGUCUUCUAGCCAACAAGGGAAUCUAGGGUCAUCUAGUCAUCAAGGGAAGCCAGGGGCAUCUAGUCAACAAGGGAAGCCAGGGGCAUCUAGUCAACAAGGGAAGCCAGGGGCAUCUAGCCAGCAAGGAGAUCUAGAAUCUUCUAAGCAUCAGGGGAAGCCAGGGUCAUCUAACCAGCAAGGAGAUCUGGGAUCUUGUAGGCAUCAGGGGAAACCAGGGUCAUCUAGCCAACAAAGAAAAUUGAGGUCACUUUACAACCAACGACAAAGAAAAAAUAUCGACAACACUUUCGAUGGCAAUAUAAUGGACUUUCAGACUGGCAGUGCCAGCAGCAAAAAGUCAAUUAGAAAAACAAAAUGUCAAUCUGUCUACAAACCAGUCUGUGGUUCUGAUGGAAAAACCUAUGGUAACCACUGCAUACUUAAAGAAGCAAAGUGGUAA